UACUCUGAAAUGACUAUACAUUUGGAUUAUAGCUACAUUUCCAUAGCACAGAGUCCGCAAUAUUGGGAAGCUUCUAAUGCAGUGAUGAACGUGACAGAAGAUUACAAAAGUUAUGUCAGCUACAGCUUUAACUACAGCCUUGACAAUGACACAUCAGGAAAUGGCACCAUUGGAGCUUUCCAGUAUCCCUUCUCUCCAGUCAUGGACAAGGCCAUCAAUGGCAUCACCAUCAUCAUCCUCUUCAUCACUAUGAUUUCCCUGGGCUGCACCAUGGAGAUAGAUAAGAUCAAGCACCACAUCGUCAGGCCGAGUGGUGUGGGCAUAGCGGUGGUGGCUCAGUUUGGAAUAAUGCCUCUCACAGCCUUCUGUCUGGCCAAGAUCCUCCAGCUCGAGUCCAUUGAGGCCAUCACUGUACUCAUCUGUGGAUGCUGUCCUGGGGGAAAUCUCUCCAACAUUUUUACCUUAGCUCUCCAAGGGGACAUGAACUUAAGUAUUGUGAUGACCACAUGCUCUACAGUUUUGGCAUUGGGUGCAAUGCCCCUUCUCCUGUAUCUGUACUGCCGAGGGUUCUCUGGUCUGGAGAAUGUAGUUCCCUACUCUGGGAUCUCCAUCGCUCUCAUUAUGACCACAGUGCCCUGUGCUGUAGGAAUUGCCAUCCACCACUGGGCACCACGUUACUCUCAAAUCGUAAUUAAGGCUGGUUUUAGCAUCUUGCUAAUAGUCACUGUGGCGAUUGGUGUGAUCUGUGGCAUCACUUUAGGGGCAACAGUGUGGAUUCUGUUCUCUCUUAAAAUGAUAGCUGUGGGUUUUCUCAUGCCUUUCAUAGGCUACCUGUUGGGCUACACCAUGUCCGUCAUUUUCAAGCAGAAUGGCCCGUGCAGGAAGACAAUCGCUAUGGAGACCGGCUGUCAAAACAUCCAGCUGUGCUCAGCAAUUUUGAAAGUGGCUUUCCCUCCAGAGGUCAUUGGACCCCUGUUUCUUUUUCCACUGGUUUACAUCGUAUUUCAGGGUGCUGAAGCUCUACUCCUCAUCUCUAUCUUCAGAAUGUACGAAAGGUUUAAACCCUCAACUGAAGAUCCUGUAAAAAAAGCUGAAUUUCUGGUAGUGGACCACACAGUGGAGAUGGUGGAAGUUUCUUAAUAAGACAUCGCCUGGAUUGCAGUACAAUUCAAGGGAUAUAGUGCAGACCAUUAAACCAGACUUACAAACAAGCAACAGGACGACUGACAGGAUGAAGGUUAUGUUUGUCUGAGCAUCUUGUUAACGGUGCUGAUGUGGA